AUGAUUCUUAGUUUUAUAGUGAAUUUGAUAUUCCCGCCAAUGUUACAGAACAAAGGGAAGCAUGCAAAACAAAGAAACUCAGGCUGGGAAAUCAGCCCAUUGUCCGAUUGGACGUGUCAGCAGUGCACCUUGGUGAAUAACGGUCAUUCUAAUUGUUGCGAAGCUUGUGACACUUUAAACAGUAACGCAGAUAUAGCAUUAGGAAACCGUUUCAGCUACACAGAAACACAAACAAACAACAGGACUAAUCAAGCAGAUUCAAGACAUACAGACUUUGAAGCAAGUAAUGAAAUACGUAUAGUCCUAAUUGGAAGAACAGGAUCUGGAAAAAGCGCCACUGGAAAUACACUUACUGGUAAAAAGAAGUUCCAAUCCAUGGUUUCUGCAUCCUCAAUAACUAGCAAGUGCAAGCGGGGAGAGUCUAUACGAAAUGGGAAGAAAAUUGUAGUUAUUGAUACACCCGGACUUUUUGAUACUGGAAUGACUAACAAAAAUGUUACCAAGGAAAUAGUUAAAUGCAUUGGGAUGACGUCUCCAGGUCCACACGCUAUGGUACUAGUUGUUGGUAUUGGUAGAUUUACGAAAGAAGAACAAGACACGGUCAGCCAUUUUGUCGAUAAUUUUGGAGAGGGAAUGUUGCGUUAUAUGAUAGUUCUAUUCACCAGGAAAGACGAACUCUCAAAACAAGGUCAGGACUUCAAUUCAUAUGUCCGAAGUGUUCCCAAAGAACUGAAAUCAAUUCUUCAACAGUGUGAAAAUCGAUGCAUUGCUUUCAAUAACGACGAGAAAGGCAUUGCUUCAAACGAAAAGCAGGUUGCAGACUUCUUUUACAUGGUUGAAAGUAUGCUCGUUAAUAAUGGUGGAGCCUGUUAUACCAAUGAAAUAUAUCAAGAAGCCGAACGUACAAUACAACGGAGGAUGCGUGAACAGCGUGAACAGCUAGAAGAAAAGAAAAACAUGGAAAAAGAACAGAUAAAGAAGGAAAUAACAUAUAAGUAUGAACAAAAAUUAAAAAAAGAAAAGUCCGAAAAAAGCAGGAUCGAGGAGGAGCUGAAAUCCAAGGAAAAAAUGGAAAAGAAAUUAGGAGAAGAAAAGCGGUUAUGUGAUAAUGAGAUAGACGAAUUGAAUCAAAAGCUACAGAGAAUGACGACAGGUGGAGCUGAUGCCGUUGAAGAGAGACGACACCAGGAGAAAAGGUUGGAUACAUUACAACAACAGGUAAAUUCGUCUGAAAUGUCGGGACAGAAAAUAGAAAAGGAGCGGUUAGAAAGAAAACUGGAUGAGAUAAAUCGUAAUCAUCAAAAGGAGUUAGAUGCAAAAGAUCGAGAAACAGAGCGAGCGUUUAAAAUAAAGGAUAUAGAAUAUGAAGUACAAAUGAAUACGGACAAACUCAGAGAAAUACAAAGGGAUAAUGUAGAAGAUGAAAAAGCUGGAGCUGUGUCUGAUAUUAUUGGAGGUUUCAAGAAAAUAGGUUCAGGCGUUGUUAAAGCUGGAAAGAAUUUUUUAAGCUUCCUUGGAUUCUAA